AUGGACUUCAAGACCAUUGGCAAGAGCUUUUCCAACCUGGGGGCACAGAUCACCCCCUUCGCCUCUCGGACGUUCCAGUACACCAAGGAGCAGCUGGGCCAGGCCGACGAUAAGACUCAGAUGCCACCUGACUACAUCGAUCUGGAGAAGCGCGUGGACGCCCUGAAGCAGGUGCACCAGAAGAUGCUGGCCGUGACUUCCCAGUACAGCCAUGAGCCAUACGACUACCCGCCGAACAUCAAGGAGACCUUCCAGGACCUCGGCCGCACAGUCAGCGAGAAGGUCAGCCUUCUGUCGUCUGCAUCGUCGCCUGCUGAGGCCCAGGCCGCCCUGACCGCCCCGACCGCGGCCAAGCCCCAGCCGAAGACGUUUGCGCACGCCAUCGCGCGCGCUUCCCUGGCCAGCAGCCAGACCCUGUACCAGCAGCACACCGGACCCAGCGAGGACCCGCUGGCCACGGCGCUCGAGAAGUAUGCCCUGGCCAUGGAGCGCGUCGGCGAGGCGCGCCUGGCGCAGGAUGCCCAGAUCCAGAGCCAGUUCAUUGCCGGCUGGAACACGACGCUCAACACGAACCUCCAGUUUGCCUCGCGCGCCCGGAAGAGCGUCGAGAAGUCCCGCCUGUCGCUGGACGCCGUCAAGGCUCACGCCAAGGGCACCACCUGGAAGCUCCCGACGGCGCAGCGCGGCGAGCCGGUGCAUGACGAGCAGGAGCUGAACCCCGAAGCACAGGAGGAGAUUGAGAAGGCCGAGGACGAGUUUGUCACGCAGACCGAGGAGGCCUUUGGCGUCAUGAAGAAUGUCCUUGACACGCCCGAGCCGCUGCGCAACCUGUCGGAGCUGAUCGCUGCCCAGGCAGAAUUCUACAAGAAGGCAUACGAGACUUUGAGCGAGCUGGCACCCACCAUUGAAGGUCUCCAGGUCGAGCAGGAGGCCACCUACCGGAAGAGCCGCGAGACCGCGCAAUCCGCCACAAGACCACCGCCACAAAAUCUGCAUUCUGGCGCAAGUCGCGAAAUUCAACUUGGGCCGUAUUCACAACGGACGGCGUCUAGGCUUUUGACAUCCUGCGACAACAAGCCCGUCUCUGCGAAAAUGUUACCCCUCGGCCUGCUUAGCGCCGCUCAGGGCCAUCCUAUGCUGGUCGAGCUAAAGAACGGCGAGACGCUCAACGGCCACUUGGUGCAGUGCGACACCUGGAUGAACCUUACGCUAAAGGGUGUGGUGCAGACGAGUCCCGAUGGCGAUAGCUUUAUGCGCAUACCAGAAGUUUACGUGAAAGGCAACAACAUCAAAUAUCUUCGCGUUCCCGACGAGAUCAUUGACGCUGUCAAGGAGCAACAGCAGCAGCAACAGCAGCAGCAACAGCAACAACACCACCACUAUCACGGCCAGCAGUCUGGUUUCCGUGGAGGCCGCGGUGGACCAGGUGGAGGCUUCCGUGGAGACGGAAACGGACGGGGUGGUGGGAACCGGGGCGACCGUGGCGAUAGAAACGACCGCGGUGGCCGCGGAGGCUCCCGGGCCAUCGACAAGGCCUCGCUUCUCCGGGUCAUCAAUGCACCUUCAAUAUGCCCGCGUCGGCGAAGCGGAGCACGGACUUUCGCGGAGCGCCCGCCGCACGCCAAUGAAACAGCCAAAGCUCUGUUGCCACGGCGCAACCGUCCAGCCGGAGCCGUCCGGCAGGUGCACACGGAUGCCCACGCGCGAGUUGGACGACUCAGUCUCGUCUCCCCGAAUGGGAACGCCGACCAAGGGACGUACAAGCACGCCGGCCCCGACAGGGAAACGGAUAACAGCAGGGCAGACCAGCUGCCGUGGGUGCGCUCGCUGUUGGGGGCUCGGCCGCCGUACCGUCGCGAGCUCCAGUCGGCACCCACGCCGGCAAUAUAUGCUGCUCUCCGGCAGCUACAGUAUGCACCCGCAGCCUAUAACCAGAUACAGGCGUUUGUGCGCUUUCUUCUCGAAGACCGCCACGAGGUGCCGACAGCCGUGCUCUACGAGGCCCUGGUGCGGGCCAACUGCCACACGACCGGUUCGGCCGAUGCGGUGCGCGACGUGCUGCGAGCACUGAAGGAGGCCCAGAUCGAAGGCACGCCCAGCCUGUACCACGGUGCGCUGUCGGUCCUUGCCGUGCACCCCGACUACAUGUUGCGAAACGCGGUUCUGCGGGAGAUGAAGGACCGGUGGAUCGAUCUUGCACCUGAGGGCGUGCAGAGCGUGGCGCUUGGUCUGCUGCGGGACGGACAGUUUGAACGGGCCGUCGACCAGCUGGAGGCCAUGACCGGUUCCGGAAGCGGCGGUAUCGCCGUGCCGUCGUGGCUCUUUGACGUGUACAUAUACGUCCUCGGCCAAGAGGGCUUUCUGGACGACGCGUUGAAGAUUGUCAACCACCGGCUUCUCAAGGAGGACGAUAGCGUGUCUCUGAACGUGUGGUACUUUCUGCUUGACGUGUGCUGUCGACAGAGUCACUACGGCGGCCUCGGCUACGUAUGGAGCCGAGCCGUGCGACCCGGCCGGCUGACACCUUCGGAUGCCAUGGGGCUAGAGGUCCUCAACAUAGCCGCCCAGCACCAGGAUUCUGCCCUGGCCGCAGAGGUUAUGCAGAUGCUGUCGGCCCGCGGCACCAAGCUGGGCAUGCCACACUUUGAGGCCAUGCUGGACUGCUAUGCGGCCGCCGGCAACACCAGCCUCGCUUUGCAGGCGCUCUGCAUCAUGCACAAUGCCGGCAUUGUCCCCGACGAGGGCAGCACGCGGUCCAUCUACCUGGGCCUGACCAGAGACGCUUCUCCGACACAGCCGGUCCUAGACGGUGCCGUGGCCUCACUCUUCAACCUCAAGACCAAGUACGGCAGCGUGCCCAUUGCCGCCUUCAACGUCGUCCUCGAGGCGAUGCUGCAAGGCGGCCGAUCCGCCAACCAGGACCAGCAGCCAGCUGCCGACAACAACAGCAUCGAAGCCGCGCUGGACCUGUACCGUCAUGUCCGCCAGCUCUGCCCCGCUGGCCCUGACCGCAGCACGUUCCACCUGCUCUUCCGCGGCUGCUCGGACGUGCAGCAUCUCAACUUCUUGUUCUGCGAGAUGCGCGCCUUCUCGCUUCUACCGGACGCCGGUAUCAUCAACCUGCUGGUGUACGAAAACGCCGAGAACGGAUCGCUGGACCUGGCCCUGAAGCACGUCUUCGACCUUAUCGGCAGCAACAGCAGUGAUAGCGAACUCGAUGCUGCCGAGGCUAGGCUUCGCUCACGGCCAUGGAUCAGCCGCAAGGCCGCGACAGCCCUGGCAAAGCGGUGCAUCGAUGAAGAAGACACGCGCAUCUGGGAGGUCGCCGAGGCCAGCAGGGUCCGCGGCCGGCCCAUGGACGACAUCCUUCGUGGCAUGCUUCAGGACAUGCCCCGGGACAGAUGGACUGCGUAUGGAGUGCCACAUGCGAUCAGUCUCGAGAUGGACGCACUUGACGAGCUCUCCCUGAGCAGAUGA